AUGUUUUUUUCUUCUUUAUUGUUUAUUGUUUAUUUGCUUUAUUAUUAUUAUUAUUAUGUUGAAACGAUAGGGGGAGGAGGAGGGAUGAGAAGGUUACUUUUCUGUCAUCCAUUUUUUCUCUUUAUCUUUUUUUUUCUUUUAGUUUGUUUUUACUUUUUGAUCCCUCCGUCACUGCGGCAUGUCCGGAUGUACUCCCAUUUUUCUUUUUCUUUUUUCUUUUUUGUUUCGUUUUAUCUUACUCAUCCGCCUCCAACCGUGCAUUUUUUUUUUCCGUUUCACUUAGUUUUGUGUUCUCCAGUUCUUUUUUUUUCUUUUUUAAUUCACUUCAAUUUUAUUAUUUUGCUUCACUUGCCUACUUUUUUUUUUCUUUUUUUUUCGCUUGUUAUGUUUCCGUCAUUUUAUCAUUGCGCUGCCAUUGCGUUUUCUUUUUUUCUUUUUUUUUUUCCACACCGUUUCUCCUUUUGUUUCUUUUCUUUUUAA